CCGAGAAAAAAUACUAGCACGAGGAGGAACACCAAAACAGCUGAUAUCAGACAACGGCGUGCAAUUCACGAGCAAAAAAACCAAACAGAAUCAUGGACAAAUUUAAUAAUAGCGCACGGAAUUUCAAGAAAAAAAUGGAAGAAAGUAAGGCGAAACAACGCAAGGUGGAGGUCAUACCACCGCUACCACAGCUAGGAGGAAGGAUGAGGGUGUCCGGCACCAAAGUUGUGGCACCAAAAAGAACAGCAAAAGCCAGCGAGACCACGACCAGUCCAGCAACCAUGGCACUAGAGGCGGCAGGGACCGAAGAGACCAGGAAGAAAAGAAUAAGCUGGGCCAACAACACCAGACCCGAGCCGGCUCAACCAAGGGCCAAUAAGCGGGUCAGCUGGGCACGACAAGUAGAGCAGGAGGAAAUAGACAACGAUAUAUUGGACAUCGGAGGACCAGCCAAUAGUCAAAACACAGAAGUACGGAGGACGAAUCCAACACCAAACACGGCAUCUCAGGGUCGACCACCACGAAAAGCAGAGGCACAGACAUCCGGCCAGGAGACAACAAAGACCAACAAAACAUGCAUAAAGGCCGCCAUACCCAGCAACUGGGAGGUUCCCCAGGGGUGCGAGCUCAGCAAAAAUCAAGUGGCAACCAUCCAGCGAGCGAUCGAUGACCGGAAAAGCCACCACCAAAGACGAUUCAAGCUGUGGAGCGAGGAGAUACCAGACCGGGCAUGCUGGGUGAAAAUCGGCAGAUCGGGAGACGUGCGUCUAGGCAGCUGGUUCAACGCAGCGGGGACAUCCGGACGACCCACCCAAGAAGGGGAGGGGGGAGUGUGACGCCCAGCGCCAAGCGUCACAAAAAACAACAACAUUCCGCGGAGGAUUAUGACAUUAUUAUUUCAUUAUUCAUUAUUAUUCAUUAUUAUUAUUGUUAUUCAUUAUUAUUCAUUAUAACCGUUACUUAGACUUAAGAGAAACAACAUGAAGGAUAAUUUAAUUAAAAAAGAAAGCAAGCAAAAACAACCUGACGUUU